AUACAUCCAUAGAGCGAAACACGCUGAUGGUACAGGUCUAUCCUCGUAUUAAGAAGUUCUGUCAGGAGCGAGGAUAUGAGUUUCAGGUGGUGGAUAUGAGAUGGGGAGUACGAGACGAGUCCACUGAUGAUCACCUUACGUCGGAACUCUGUAUGAAGGAGAUACGCGCAUGUCAGAAGCUUUCUACUGGACCUAAUUUUAUCACAUUUUUGGGUCAAAAGUAUGGCUACCGUCCAUUCCCGCCUAAAAUUCCUACUUCUGAAUUUGAGAUUCUGCUAAGUGCUGUCGAGAAAGAAGACGACAUUGAACUGUUAAAAUUAUGGUUUGUUCGCGAUGAUAACACCGUGCCCCCGGAAUAUCUUCUUCGGCCAAUCACAUCUGUUCUUCYGGACUAUCGUAACUAUGGUAACCCAGAAUUACGGAAACAGGCGUCCGGUAUGUGGUGGGCAGCGUUUGAAAGAAUGCAAAUUGUACUAAGRAAGGCAGCAGAUAAAGUACUGACGAAGAAGAAUGAUAGACUUAAAUACCACAUAUCAGUGACAGAGGAUGAAAUUCGGCGUGGCAUCAUUAACGCUAARAGUCCAGCAACCCAUACCUUUUGGUUCAAGCGUGUCAUUACUGACAUCAACCAGCACAUUUCAGAUACCAAGGUAGGAAGCUUUAUGGACAAGACAUGGGGUACGCCUGGAGAGGUAGAUAAAGAAGCUCAGUCUUUAUUGAAUACCCUACGAGAAAAAGACCUUCCAAAARCCAUCCCCAACAAAAACGUCAUUCAGUACAAUGUAAAGUGGAACAAAAAUGGCAUAGAUCCAGACGCUUCUUCGGAACAUGCGCAGUACAUUGAAAAGCUUUGUAAUGACUUCUAUGGCAAGCUAACAGAGAUGAUAAGCGAUGGUAUAGCCGAAAACGAGACUGCAGACACUAAAGAACCGUUAGCUGAGGAAAUCUUCCAGCAUUUGUCAUUCUGCCAGAAAAAAUGCAAGGCCUUUUUUGGACGAGAGGAUUUUUUGGAAUCAAUAAAAAACGGACUGGUAAACAAUAACAACAGGACAAUAGUGCUACRUGGARAAUCAGGCUGUGGAAAAACCUCCUUAAUGGCUAAAGUGGCAACUGAUGUAAAGUCAUGGUUUGAAGGCGAGUCCGUUCUAAUGGUUUGCAGGUUUAUUGGAACUUCUCCUGAAUCUUCAAGCAUACGACCACUCCUGAAAAGCAUCUGCCAGCAACUGUGCAAGAUAUCCGGUCAAACUGCAAACAUUCCAGAGGAUAUCAAAUCUCUAGUGGAAUUUUCCCCUGAGUGUUUGGAUAAGGCCAGUAAGGACAUGAAGUUGGUACUUGUCCUUGAUUCACUCGAUCAGCUUUCCGUAGACGAUAGCGGGCGCCUUCUUGAUUGGUUACCACGUGACCUGCCUUAUAAUGUGUAUGCUGUGUUGUCUACGCUACCAGGUGAACAGUACCAGUGUCUACCAAGUCUGAGGCUCAAGCUUCCAAAGGAAAGUUUCACGGAAGUUCCACAGAUCCCUUUAAAUGAGGCUGAUAUCAUACUGGACAACUGGCUCAAAGCCGCAAAAAGAGCUCUACAGCCAAAGCAAAGACACGAAGUCAUGAUCAGUUUUCAGGAAUGUCCCUUGCCAUUAUACCUAAAAUUGGCUUUUGAUGAAUCAUGCCGAUGGAAAUCCUACACUCCAUUUAAAGAAUGGGACCUUCCUCCUAACGUUAAAGAUAUCAUCCGUGGAUUGUUUGAUCGAGUGGAACGAAUCCACGGAAAAGUUCUUGUUGGCCACGCCCUAGGUUACAUAACAGCGUCAAAAAAUGGCCUCACUGAAACUGAACUGGAAGAUCUACUCUCUCUUGACGAUGAUGUCUUGAAUGAUGUCUACCAGUACUGGACGCCGCCAAUAAGACGACUACCACCGUUGCUAUGGAUCCGCAUACGAAGUGACAUAAAGGACUACUUGAUCGACCGAGGCGCUGAUGGCACGAGAGUGAUUUACUGGUAUCAUCGACAGUUCAUCGAAGUGGCACGCGAGAGGUACCUUGCUGGAGAGCAGGCAAAGAAGAUCCAUGCUAACCUGAGCGAGUACCUUUUUGGUACAUGGGCUGAAGGAAAGAAAAAGCCGUACGUCAACAAAAAAGGAGAAAAGCAUUCAGACGAUAGGUUGGUCGCUAGCCAGCCCAUGAUGUUUGACACAAGUGACCAAAAGCCCAUUUUUAACUUGAGGAAACUUAGUGAGCUGCCAUACCAUUUGUUCCACGCUGGAAAAUAUGACACAAUGAAAGACGAAGCCCUUUGUAAUUUCGAAUUUUUGCUGACCAAACUGAGAGCAACUUCAGUAGAAAAUGUCUUGGAAGAUUUCUCCUUGUAUCUUUCUGUUCUUCCAAGUGAUCCUGAUGUGAAGAUCAUGCAUGAAUGUCUUCGUUUGUCGCUACAUCCCCUUUCUGUCGAACCAAAACAGUUCUCUACGCAGCUUCUUGGCCGAAUGUUCAAGUUUCAAGACAGAGCAGAAAAAUAUCCUUACGUCUGUAAAAUCCUUAAUCAAGCUCAGAAUGCAUCUGUGCCAUGCUUUAUUCCCAACAACAAGUUCUUGACGGCUCCUGGAGGUGCGUUAGUAUCGACCAUUGCAUUGGAUGGGUAUGGCAAUGAUUUUAUCAGCAUUGCAAGUGACAACAAGAUCAUGGCAGUAACAAGUAUAACCAGUGAAGGCUUGCAGAUUAAGAUCAUCGAUUAUCAGAGUGGAAAGCAGCUUCGUAAGUUCACCGUAACAGAACCACCAUCAAUGUAUCGAAUAACUAUGAAUUCAAUCAGCCAAAAGGAUAAGAAUCUACUACUCCUAGCAGGUGGUAAGACAAUUUUCAUACUAAACACUGAAACUGGACAAAUUGUGAAGCAGUUUGAAGUGGAUGCUGAUGACUGGUUUUCUUUCAACCAGAAGCCCCCCGUUGCAUACGCUGAUGAUGAAAACCUUCUGGUGGCAUUAACGAGGAAUUCAUUGCGUGUUUGGCAAGUUUCAGACUGCAAGGUAGUUCAUGACCUCCCUGUUAAAGAUAUCAAUGUAGAAGAUGAAAUCGGAAAUCUGGAUGCAAGAGGGAAAUACUCUGUCUACAAUCUCAAGGGCAAGAAUACCGUUCACUUUGUGGAUAUCAAACAAGGUAGAGAGGUUGACAAAAUCAAAAUCAAUUCUCCAAGGGAUAAAGGAGACUCUGGCUCAAUCGGUGAUCUUAAAAUUACAAAGAGAGACGAAGUUGUGGUCGUUCCAGGAUCUCUUGACAGUCUACGAAUCUACGACCUUCACACAGGCAAUCUGGUUAGAGAAAUUACUACCUUCAAAAUGAUGGAAGGAAUGGGACGAGUCCAAAUAACCGAGGAUGGAACAAAGGCAUUAGGUAUUGACAUGUUUGAGAUCUGUACCACCAACCUUCUGACCGGGGAAUCUGAAAGAUCAUUAAGAAGUUCUAUCUUCCGCAUCAAGAUUUUUACGCGAGAUGGAGACACCAUUCUAACUGUUGGGCAAGAUUUCAUACUGCGUGUUUAUGACAGAACACGCGAAGGUGAUGACGAAAAUCAAGCUGACACCACGAUUAAUGAAUAUCAAGGACACAAGAUUGCAGACCAGAUCACUUCCAUAUCGCCAUCGUUUGAUCGUCGUCACGUGAUUACCCUUGCAACCGUUCAGAUGGCAAACCAAAUGUCUGUAUGGGACUGCUCGACAGGAACAAAAGUCCGUCAAUUAAAAGGGGCGACUGUAUUUCCAAAUCCAAUCCGUCUGACCCAAGACUCAGCCCGUGGCGUUGGAUUCAUUUAUCAUGAAAAGAACCCUCACUACAAAGUGUUCAAUUUUAAAGAUGGAGUAAUAGAGAAAACAUUGGAAGGAAGCGCCUGCAAAAGAAUGAAUGCAUUUGGAUUGAUAGACGAUCACCGAAUGAUAUCGUUCUCGAGAGGCAGAAAAAACCUUAAAGUAUGGGACAUCAACUCUGGGAAAGUCAUUGACAUUAUUAAGUUCAAAGAAAAACACCUGCUGUUCCAGGAGAUGCUGUUGAGUGGUAAUGGGAAGGUGGCUGUUCUGUCGGUGAGCAGCAUAAGCGAAACUCACCCAGAAAAUACAACCAUGCCUCUAUAUGUAUUCAAUACAACCAACAACCAACACAAGGCCAUCACCAUCAAAGACACCGUUCUUUCUUUGUACAACGCUGAAAUCUCUGAUAAUGGGAAGUAUUUAGUGUGUAUUGCGGCAUACACCACACCUUAUCUCUUGGAUUUGGAGACUGGAGAAGUGAAAUACAAGCUCUUAAAGCCCGACAGCUAUGAAAGCUCCAUGACAGCCGCCAUUAAUACUAUUUCUAACACUAUAGUAACAGGUGUUGGUCAAGGGGGUAUUAACGUUUGGGACCUCAACACUGGCGCAAUCUUACGUACCAUACCAUGUGACACAGUCUCAAACGUUUACCUUUCUGGUGACGGAGAGGUGGUAUUUGCCAGGGAUUCCAAAGCCAACACUAUACACGCUUGGGAUGUGAAAAGCGGCAGAAAGUUAUCUACUAUCACCACUGACGGAUUCCCCAACCAAGUACACAUUGUUGGAAAUCGCUUGGUAAUUGCUGUUGGAGAAAAUCCAAAUCUUAUGAUAAUGAGGCUGCAUGUCCCAGGAAAGAAUGUGGACAAAAGUGAGAUAGCACCUUCACCUUACGAUGGCUUGCCUUUAGAUGUUGAGAUAAAGGAUCUGUCAGGGGAAUUCAUAGAGAAAGACCCAAUGGACCACGACAAGUACGAUAGUGGAAAUAUUAUGUAGCCAGAAACACGAUGAGACUUGUGCACUAUUACUGAUAAACACAGCACUGUAUUAGUACAUGACUGUAUAACCGGAGCACCGCAAAUGACUGGAAUACACGCCAGUCUUGUGUACCAAGUCAACGAUGUUAAGAUAAUCCAACUUUAAAUAUUAUAUACUGCUAUUUCAAAAAAGCUGGUAAGCUCAGAGUUGGAAAUUGUGAAGAUCACCGAAAAUGGGCUCUGGAAGCAGCAAGRAGAAGAAGCUUGGAGCCGUGGCCACUGCACAGGUAUGG